UUUAAUAAAUUUUUAUUUUUUAUUUAAAUUGGUUAUUUUUUCUUACAUAUUUUUAUUAAAAUUCUUUUUCUACACUUUUACUUUUUAUUAUUAUAGGAAGAACAUCCGUUCAAUAUUUUACGAUUUUAAAAUAAUUAUUACUAUUUUGAAUUUAGAUUUGAAUUUAACUGGCAUUGAAUUUUUAUGGAGGACAACACGUUCAGCGAUGAUUUCGAUAUUGAUGACAGUGCAAUGUCACCAAGUCAAAACAACCCACUAAAUGACUACAAAAAACAGGCCCGCGCUCAACACAAUGCAUUGGAAAGACGACGACGUGACAAUAUUAAAGAUAUGUAUUGCUCAUUGAAGGAUGGAAUCCCAAAUUUCUCCAGUGAUCGCGCCUCUCGAGCUCAAAUAUUAAGAAAAGCUUAUGAAACAAUUCAAGCAGGGAAUGACGAACUGAAAAAUCUUAGCCAAGAGGUGAAAAAAAUAGAAGAACAUAACGAACAUUUACGAAAGCAAUUGGAGACACAAACAAAAGUUACGCGUUAA